CAUUGGAUUCACAGUCCUCCGUCAGGCGUCAGCACAUAGUACAAGUGUUAGUGGAGCUCGAAGCUUAAUCCCUGUUUGGCUGAGACUGCAAAAUGGAGACAGACAUAGUGAUUCAACUCAUUAUCCUCCUUUUCACACUCGGAAUUUUCUACGCCAUGUACAACUUCCCCAAACAAGCUCUAACCCGACUCCGAUCAAAAAACCGAUCCACAAACCAAGCCCAUAUCCAUUUCAUCAAAGGAGCACAACUCCUCUCCCGAGCAAAAUCCAAUCGGAACAAAUCAACUUCCUUCAACCUCGCAAAAUCCGCCGCCGCCGAAGCUGAUAAGGCUUUAGCUCUUGAGCCCAAAGAUCCAGCGGCCCAUAUUCUUAAAGCCCUAUCACUCGAUCUCAUGGGCCAUAAAAUUGCUGCUUUGAGGUAUUUGGAUUUGGCCCUAUUGCCGCCGGCGGUGAAGGCAUUGUCCGAUGGAGAGAGAGGCGAUGCUUUAUUGAAACGGGCCGAGUUGCAGGUGGCGUUAAAUCGGAAGAGACGAGUUGACUCGGCUGUAAUGGACCUUUUAGAGGCUGUGAAAUUGGGCUGUUCGGAUCAAGCUAAGGCCUUUUGUUUGUUGGGCCAGUGUUAUGAAAUGAAGGGAUUGAAAAUUGAGGCCCAAAAUGCUUUUCAAGAAGCUUUAAAGUUGAGCCUGAUUUAGUUGCGGCCCAUGAGGGUUUGGGCCACUUAAGCUAGUGAACCAUUUUAUUGUUGAUUGGGCCUUGUUGUUGGUCGGCCCGAUGUUGUAUAGUUUUGUUUUCAUCUCAACUCUUUGUUUGUUCCUUUAACAAUUGACCAUAGUAAUUACA